AAACCAAAUCCCAGAAAGAGAGAAACAGCACAACAUUUGAAACCGAAGAGGAAGGACAAGCGCUGCGCUCUCUCUCUCUCUCUCUCCCCCACUCGAUGCCUUUGAAACCCUAGCCAUAAUUAUUGACUAAAGGGCGUUUCUAUUGGCCGUUUCAUUUGAAAUCACCAUUCUCCGGCGACACGGAUCGUCCAAGGAAUGGCCAUUGAACCGCCGGCUGAUCAGAGUUAUCAUCCUCAUUUCCUUGACUCGGCUAUGGUUUCAAGUGCAAUAUUUUACGUCGAAUAUAGAGAAUCACCUAGUUUAUUGAUUAAUUACAGUUAUUAGUUGCUCUUGGAGAGAAGAGGAAGGUUAUGGCGCCGGCGGCGAGAGGAUGUUGGGGGGUGGUGGUGGAGAAGGCGAGGAGGAGUGUAAGGACGGUGAUUUUUAUGGUGGCGAUGGUGGCGUCGCUGUUGGCAUCAUCGAUUCCGGUGCUUGUGGCUAUUGGCGACGUGGUGGUUGCUUUCUUUUUGGUGUCGAGUUUCACGUGCUUGACAUGUUAUGGAUUCAAAAGCCAUUUGCGUAGAUACUCUUUUAAAAGCUCCUUCACCGAUAUACCUAUCAUUUCUCUUAUCAGAUCUUUCCUCAUCAUCUGUGUUUAUUCAAUGUGUGAUGCACCAGCAUUAUCACAUGGACCUUACCUUGGAACUGUGACACUAUGUUCUGUAGUUUCAGUUAUGCUUCUUUCAAUCAAGACAUGUGUUUUCACUGUCAAUUCUCAAAUUGAGGCUGAAGCUUCAAUUUCCUCAAUUUCAAGACAGAAGCUUCAUCUGAAGAAGUCAUGGGGGAUGCCUGUCUUGUUUCUUUCGUCUGUUGUCUUUGCGCUUGGACACUCUGUGGUUGCUUAUAGAACUAGCUCUAGAGCAAGGAGAAAGCUUAUGUUUCACCGAGUUGACCCCGAAGCUGUGCUUUCAUGUAAAAGUGUUUUCUCGGGCUAUCAGAAGGUUCCAAGAUCUCCCACUCCCACAGCGGGUAGAACCCCAAAAAGUGACAGUGAAAUGAAGCGAAGGCCUUUCGGAACAACUCGUGAUGAAGGGGAACUCCCAGUCAGAUUACUUGCUGACAUUGACAGCCUGUUCACUACAUGCCUGGGACUUACUGUCCAUUACAAGCUCUGCUUUCCUGGUGCACCCCCUCGGUACUUAUCCUCAACUACUGUCCUUGAAUCUAGUUCUUGCGGUAGCUCACCUAAGCUAGUGGUGGGGAGGUUACGACUUGAAAGGCAGCCAUUUAGUGCGGUGGCAAAAACUCAGCAUCAUCUAUGUAGGAGUUAUAGCAAUCAAUUUUACAGCUCUUCACUGUAUGCUCCAUUAUUGGGUGGUUCUCCAACUUCUGCUCUAUCUGAAGAAAUUCCUGUUCUGAACCUAGAUGAUGCUGUUCAGGAGGAUGGAAUGUGUGAAUUGAACUCUGUGAUUCCCAAGCUAGAUAUGGAGGGAAAUGGCCAGUUAGGUAUUGUUCUAGUUCAUGGGUUUGGAGGGGGAGUUUUCUCAUGGAGGCAUGUGAUGGGAGUGCUAUCUCGGCAAGUUGGCUGUGCAGUUGCUGCUUUUGAUCGACCUGGUUGGGGGUUAACUUCUCGUCUACGUCGUAAGGAUUGGGAGGAUAAAGAACUGCCCAAUCCAUACAAGCUUGAAACUCAGGUUGACCUGCUUCUUUCUUUCUGUUCUGAGAUGGGGUUUUCUUCGGUGGUGCUUGUUGGUCAUGAUGAUGGAGGCUUGCUUGCUUUAAAAGCCACUCAAAGAGUCCAAGAAUCAAUGACUUCUUUCAACGUUACAAUUAAAGGGGUGGUAUUACUAAAUGUUAGCUUGUCUAGAGAAGUGGUUCCUGCCUUUGCUAGGAUACUUAUGCGCACUUCUCUUGGAAAAAAACACUUGGUUCGUCCUUUACUGCAAACGGAAAUUAUUCAAGUGGUGAACAGGCGUGCAUGGUAUGAUGCUACAAAACUAACAACAGAGAUUUUGAGUCUUUAUAAGGCACAACUAUGUGUCGAAGGUUGGGAUGAAGCAGUCCAUGAGAUAGGCAAACUUUCAUGUGAGACAGUCCUUUCACCACAAAAUUCUGCAGCUUUGUUGAAGGCUGUAGCAGGCAUGCCAGUGUUAGUUAUAGCCGGUGCUGAAGAUGUACUUGUUCCACUUAAAUCUUCUCAAGCCAUGGCUUCAAAACUUGUAAAUUCUAGACUGGUUGCUAUAUCUGGAUGUGGCCAUCUUCCACACGAGGAGUGCCCCAAGGCAUUACUGGCAGCUAUAUCACCAUUCAUAAGCAGACUCUUGUUGGAAUCAGAUUUGGAAAAGCAAUAGAUCACCUUCCUUUUACUUUUCUUUUCUAACCUUAUCCAUAGGCUUGUAUCUGUUGUAUACCCUUCUUCCGUAAGCAAUUUAACCCAGGAGGGUGACUAAUGUCUUCCUCUUCUUUGGGUAUUUUUUAAUGUUCAAUUUUCUUCA